GACAUCACUUAGGAUUGCGAAACUAGGAUUGCAGGGAGGUGGGUAACUUGAGCCUACUAUAAAUACUCAAAUUAUCAGGAUACACAUGCAUCAGUCAAUAACAGUAUCUUGUAUCGAUACAACUACCAGACAUUACAAAAAUGAAAUCUAUUGUUAUUAUUGCACUUUUCGCUACGGUGGCAUUCGCUGCUCCCCAAGCUCCAACCGAACCCAUUCCCAUCGUCCGUCAAGACAGCCAAAUCAACGGUGACGGCUCAUACCAAUACUCCUUUGAAACUGGAAACGGUAUCAGCGCUGACCAACAGGGAGACUUGAAGAAAGUUGGAGACGUCGAGGCGUUGGAAGUCAAAGGUCAAUUCCAGUACCCCAGUGACGAUGGGUCCAACAUUCAGCUGUCUUAUGUAGCUGAUGAGAACGGAUACCAGCCCCAAGGAGCUCAUCUCCCAACCCCCCCGCCAGUUCCAGAACCAAUCCAACGCGCACUCGCCUACCUCGCCACCGCUCCACCCCAGCCUGAAAACUAAGUCUUCCCUUAUCCGCCAUUGAUUUACGUUAUUGAAAUGUAAAUUAUACUGUAGGGAAAAUGUAAAAAUAACAAUUAAUUUUAUUUAUAAAUAUUUUUGUACUUUUGUAGAUCAUAAUAAACCGAAUCUAUUAAAACCAAAUAAAA